AUGUGGGCCGUCGACAGUCGUGCAACGAACCACGUUUGCCACAAAAAGACCAAGUUUGCAAGUUUGGCAGAGCGCAACGAGGGCGAACUAUUGGUGGCUGAUGGUAACAAGGCUGCCGUCAAGGGUGUUGGAACCAUCAUGGAAAACGUGGUUCUGACCAACGGCGAAGAGCGCGAGAUCGAGAUCAAGAACGCGUUACAUGUUCCCAGUCUGAGCAAGAACCUGCUUUCGGUGCCACAGACUAACAGGCAUGACAUCUCCAAGUCGUGUUUGACGGGUCCAAGAUGUAUGUGA